UAGAUAUUCUUCAAGAUGGCGGAUAGCACAGACCUGGAGCAUCUGAUGAACUCCUUUAAGAAGUUUGCGAUCCACGGAGACACCAAGGCUACAGGGAAGGAGAUGAACGGGAAGAACUGGGCCAAGCUGUGUAAGGACUGCAAGAUCAUCGACGGGAAGAACGUCACCGGCACUGACGUGGAUAUCGUCUUCACUAAAGUCAAGUGAGUUUCAAUAACAACCGCUACAACAUAACAACGAUGUAAUACAUUACUCUAUUAUGAUGAUGAUGAUGAUGAUUAUUAUUUAUGGGCCAAUUGCAACCGACAUUUGGCCACUAUAUUAUCGGCAGCUGAUCUCUCUUAAAUCAUCUGCGAGUUUGUUUUGUGUGGCCCAGUGCCCCCGGGUGGGGGCGGAGUUUGCACAUUUUAGACCAUUGCAUUGGUCCUUAAGUGAAAUCUCCACCCACUCGCGGCACUGGGCCAUACAAAAUGAACUGGCCCAUGAUUUAAGACAGAUCAGCUGGCGAUAAUAUAGUGGCCAAUGUUGGUUGCAAUUGGCCCAUUAUUAUGAUGAUGAUGAUUAUUGUAUAAUACUUAUACUAGUACUGAUCAUACUUGAGUAAAUCCACUUCAGAUCAGUGUUGUGGAACGGCUGUUGUUUCUGACUGUAGUAGAGUUUAAAUCCACUUCAGAGCAGUGUUGGGGAACGGCUGUUGUUUCUGACUGUAGUAGAGUUUAAAUCCACUUCAGAUCAGUGUUGUGGAACGGCUGUUGUUUUCUGACGGUGCAGAGCGAAGACGUCUCGGGUGAUCACCUACGAGGAAUUCCAGAGAGCCCUGGAGGAGCUGGCCCCUAAGAGGUUUAAAGGGCAGAGCAAAGAGGAGGCCCUAACGUCUGUCUACAAGCUGAUAGAGGGCAAGGAGCCCACUAACGUAGGAGUCACGGUACGACAGAUACUAUUACUCCUACUCCUACUACUACUACUACUACUAUCUACUCUUAUACUUACUACAUCUCUCCUACUCUUACUACUACUACUACUACUCAUGAUCUGCUCCUGUACUAUACGUACACUACUCCUGACUCUAUACUUACUACUACUACUACUCCUCCUACUAUUAUCUGCGUCCUACUCCUAGUGACUACUAUUAUUCUACUACUGCUCGCUACUACUACGUAUCUACUACUACGUAAUUUACUACUACUACUACUACUCUGCUUACUGUACUAGUACUACUUACUGUACUCCUCUGCUACUGCUACUUAUCUACGUACUUAGUACGUGCUGACUUACUGACUACUACUUGAUCUUAUUACUGCUAGUACUUACGUACUAGUCGUCUAGCUAUGACGUAUGUAGCUUGCUACUACUACUACUACUGACUUUAUGUACUACUACUGCCUACUACUACUAUCCUACUACGACUACUAAUACGACGAUUUACUGCUCCUACUACUUGACUAUACUAUUCUUUUACUACUGCUACUACUACGACUUAUAGACUACUACUUCCUACUACUACUAUUAUGCUACGACUUAUUCUGACACUACUCCGACGACGAACUACUGACUACUAACGAGGACUGCUACUACGACUACUAAGAUUAGUGAUACGAUUACUGACUCACUACACUACUAUUAAUACUCCUACGAUUUACGACUACUACUACUAUUACUACUAUCUACUACUACCUGCUGACUACUACUACUACUACUACUUACACUACUACUGCCUACUGCUUACUACUACUCCUAGACUGCUACUACUACUACUGACUCCUUUAUUACUGUACACAUACUACUACUACUACUAUUAUGCUACUACUACUACUACUACUAUUAUUACUACUACUACUACUCCUAUACUAUACUGCUACUACUACUAUACUACUAUUCUUAACUACAACUGCUACUCCUACUACUAUACUACUACUACUACAUAGACUAUUACUGCUAUACUAUAUUACUACUCUAUUACUGCUACUCCUAUAGUAAUACUACUGCUACUACUCCUACUAUACUACUACUGCCUAUACUACUACCUACUAUUACUACUCUUCACUACUUCCUACUACUAUACUAUUACACUUUACUACUACUACUACUAAUACUACUACUAUUUACGCUACUUACUACACUACUACUAUUAUACUACUUACUGCUACUACUACUACCUCACUACUACUACUAUACUAUUACUGCUACUUACUACUACUACUACUAUUACUGCUACUACUACUACACUACUCUUAUUACUAAUAUGGCUACUUAUAUACUACUACUACUAUACUAUAUUAUUACUACUUUACUACUAUUAUACUUACUACUACUACUUACACUACUACUACUACUAUCCUAACUAUUAUGGCUUACUACUAUACUACUACUAGUAUUAUACUACUUCUACUACACUACUACUACUACUACACUUACUACUAUUACUGCUACUACUACACUUAAUUACUACUAUUUAUACUACUUAGGCUACUAGUUACACUGACGUUACGACUCCUGCUGACUACUUACCUACUAUAGCCUACUACUACGUACUGCCUAUUAGUCUUACUGCGUGUUUACUUACCUACUACUACUGACUACUUAUGACUACUACUGAGCGCUGUACAUACGACUAGAUACUUAUGCUACUACGUAUAGCUUACUGCGGAAUCUUAUUACACUAGUUACACUACUUACUACUACGCUAUUAUUACGGCGUUACUGAAUACUAUCUACUAUAUUAUACGAUUAAUACUACUUGGUUCGGUGUUUUGUUUGUGUUGACUAUGGGAUUAUCUAUGUUACUACCAGUACUAUACUACGUAUACCAAUACUACCCACUACUACUAUUAUUAUUACUACUACUACUACUAUAAUACCAAACAACUACUAUUACUACUACUACUACACUACUACUACUACUACUACUACUACUCACAUGCACACAAACUGUUUGAUAACACCUCUUCAGGAGGCUAGGAUGAACUAAUCAACUUUCAUUAUAUAUCUGUUAGCCAGCUAAAUAAACACAGCCUUGUUCUGAAUCACAGCUUCAAGUGUGUGGUCAGACCCAUUGACAUAAAUUAAUUUGGGAUAAGGCCUGGCGAAGUACUCUACUGUCACUUGAGGGUAGAUAGGACAGUUGUGGAGGAGGAUAGUAGGUACAGAGUGUUUAUCAGUCUAUUCUGAACUCAAGGAGGUUGUUUAGACGUGCCUGAGUGAAUGCAGUGAAUGUGCUCAGCUCUCCUCUCCAAACCGUCUCAAUGCUCUGUCUCGCUCUGAACCAUCUCUCAGCUCUCCUUUCCAAACCGUCUCAAUGCUCUGUCUCGCUCUGAACCAACUCUCAGCUCUCCUAUCCAAACCGGCUCAAUGCAUUGUCUCAGCUCUCUAUCCAACCAUCUUCAAGCUCUCAUUUCUAUCCAAACCGGCUCAAUGCUCUGUCUCGCUCUGAACCAACUCUCAGCUCUCCUAUCCAAACCGGCUCAAUGCUCUGUCUCGCUCUGAACCAACUCACUCUCAUCACAUAAGGGCCAUAAUAAGAGACUGGCUUCAUCGGUGAGGUGUGGUGUCUGUGUCUGUGUCUGUGUCUGUGUGUCUGCUGUCUGUGUGUGUCAUGUGUGUGUGUAGUGUGGUCUGGUGUGUGGUGUGUGUCUGUGUCGGUGUGUGUGUGUUGUGUCGUGUGUGUGUGUGUUGUGUGGUGGUUGGUGUGUGUCUGUGUGCGCGUGUGUGUGUGUCUGUGUGUGUGUGUGUUUGUGUGUGUCUGUGUGUGUGUGUCUGUGUGGUGGUGUGUGUGUGUUGUGGUGCGUGUGUGUGUGUGUCUGUGUCGGUGGUGUUGUGUGGUGUGUGUGUGGUGUGCGUGGUGUGUGGUCUGUGUCGCGUGUGUGUGUGUCUGUGUGUGUGUGUGUUUGUGUGUGUCUGUGUGUGUGUGUUUGUGUGUGUCUGUGUCGUGUGUGUGUGUGUGUGUGUGUGUGUGUGUGUGUGUGUGUGUUGUGUGUGUGCGUGCGUGUCUUACCUGAGGGUUUUCUCCAACACCAUUAUUUGUUAAUACUGGCAGGCUGUUCUCAUGCUGUGAAUUGAACAUGAGUUCAACCUCUUUAUCUAAGAGUGGGUGUUGGCUGUAUUAUUUAGUUAAGUAAUCCCUUUUUUAGGGAACGUUUACAUCUAGCUCCGGCUGUUUACUCCUGUGCACUGCACUACAUUCAGAUUCUAGGGAAUUAAGGACUUUUCUAACCCCGACACAGUCGGAGUGGGAAGUUUCCCAGUUUGUCAAGAGAACCUACAGCAGCAUUAUACCGUUAAAACAGAACUGUACUGGUUCAGCUCACCAACAUGACAACGUGGUUCCUUUCACUUUCCGUCCCCCUCCGCAGAAAGUGGCGAAGACGGCCGCAGUGGACAGACUGACGGACACCAGCAAGUACACGGGCUCCCACAAAGAGCGCUUCGACGAGAGUGGGAAGGGGCGGGGCAAAGGGGGGCGGGAGGAGCUGGUGGAGAACACGGGAUACGUUGGCUCCUACAAGAACGCCGGAACCUACGAGGAGAAAACCAAGGCCAAGUAGACCACCGGGCUAGGGCCAGGCGCUGUGGUCAACAGGACCACAGCAUGGGAUGUGUCCCAAAUGACCCCCUACUCUAAAUAGCGCACUACUCUUGACCAGAGCACUAUUGGGUCCUGGUCUAAAGUAGUCCGCUAUAUAGGGAAUAGGGUGCCA